ACCCCUCCCCCUCCAACCAAGACCAAAACACAAACACAUCAAGGAGAGUGAGAAACAGAGAAAGAGAGAUCUAGAGAUGAAACCCAGACCCAACUCCAUUCCUUAUUGUUCCAAAGAGAGAAAACUAUGUGUAGGUUGGGUUAAGAAAUAUUUCAAUGACUGUCUCUGCAAUCUUAAAGAUGAAAUCUCAUUUGCUUGUGGACUUGUCAGUCUUAUCGCUUGGGGAGUUGCUGACAUCCCUCAGAUCAUAACCAAUUUCCAAACUAAAUCCGGCCAUGGUGUUUCUCUCACGUUUCUCCUCACUUGGAUUGCUGGGGACGUUUUCAAUCUCUUGGGUUGCUUCCUAGAACCAGCUACAUUGCCAACCCAGUUCUACACAGGUCUGCUCUACACAAUCAGUACAGUAAUGUUGGUAUGGCAGUGUGUGUAUUAUGAUCACAUCUGUAGAUGGCGGAAAUCCAGAUCAAAGAAGGAACCCAAGGAAAAGGUGGGAGAAGAUGCAAAGUCACAAGCAGCAGCAGGACAUGAAUCCAUCAUUUCCAUACCAGGAGGUCUCCACAGGACAGCAGCUGCUCCUUCUCCUCAGAGGGACUCUUACUAUAUGUCGGCAAGGUCUCUGGCUACAAGUGGAACACCACCUUCAUAUGGUUCUUAUCUCAGAGUUGCCAGAAGUGGUCCUUCAGCAAUGCAACUAAAUGAGUCAUCGUCCUCAUCCGAUGACGACUCGUUUCCAUCAACUGAGACAACAAAGCCCAUCAGGAUUCCUCGCUCUGUGGGCUAUGGAACAUUUCUUGCAGCAUCAGUCAAUUUACCGCAUCAAACCAUGGCAUUGGUGGAAAGAUACUUGGGGUUACCAGGGAUCAACCAAUUACAAGAUGUUGGGGUUGAAAGCAAUUCUUACGGAAUGGCUUUAGGAUGGCUGAUGGCUGCUAUAUACAUGGGAGGCCGAAUCCCUCAAAUAUGGUUAAAUAUUAAAAGAGGGAGUGUGGAGGGCUUAAACCCCCUCAUGUUCAUAUUUGCUCUCAUUGCCAAUAUUGCCUAUGUGGGAAGUAUUGUUGUAAGAAGCACUGAGUGGGAGAAAAUAAAAGCAAACAUGCCUUGGUUGUUUGAUGCUGUAGUUUGUGUGGCACUAGAUCUCUUUAUCAUUCUCCAAUACAUCUACUACAAAUAUCUACAGAGAAGUAAAACAAGUGGUGAAGAAGAUGGAGACUUCAUUGAAGCUGUGAAACCAUUACUAUCUUGAUUAGAGAGUUUUAUUUUGCGAUUUAGUUUAUUCAAUCAUGUCCUCAUGUAUUCUUGAGAACAAGCUAUGCUUGUUUAACCUUUCCUUCUUAAAAGGGUUGCAUGAACCUGUAGGACAACUAUGUAAUUUUCAUUAUUUCCAUGUUGGUUUUGGUUCUGAUUAUAUCUAGGUUUUUCUUGAGGAAAAAUAGUAUAUAGUUCCCUUGUAUCGGUAACCUUUUUGGACUCUCAAGUAUUGAAGUGGAAGAAGACUCUACUAUAUGUAGUAAUUUGGAUUGCUUAUGUAAAUAUAUAAAUUUCAUUUCUGA